GUGAGUUUGGGUUUGCCUGGGAUCAGUGAGACAACUGUCUUUUCAUAGAAUCUUUUUGUCAAGUCUUGCUUGAAACAAGAAGAGACUCGUCUGGACCUGAACUGUUGCUGUCCUAAAGUAUUCAGCGACUGGAGCAGCUCAGAAGAUCGCAGGAACGUCUGGACGAGGAACAUGGCUUCUUCUGCUGUGUCCUACACCUCGGGAAAUGUGAUGGUGGUCACCCACGUGCUCCCGGCGGCUCCCAGCGAGGAACAGCAGCCACCGCUGGAUGAAAGACACAAGUUCAGGAAGGGACAUCCCAAGGCACUCGGGACUGUUCAGAUCAUAAUUGGAGUGUUGACACUGCUGUUUGGGAUCGCGGCGGCUGUCCACCACCAUUCACUGGGAGUUUACAGCGGGAUCUAUGUUUGGGGAGCUUCGAUCUACAUUGCAUCUGGAUCUGUGACGGUGGCUGCCGAGAAGUCUGUGAGCCGUGAUCUGAUCAACGUGUCUCUGGUGUUGAACAUUAUUACAGCAAUUGUUGCUGUAGCUGGUGUCUUCCUCUAUGCGCUGGAUCCCGUAGUCUAUGACUACUACUCCUACGACUACUAUGACCCCUACAACCCCUACGGCCGCCAUCACCGCACCGCACGUCUAAUGGUUAAUUAUGGUGGCUUUUCGGUCGUGGUGGCUGUGUUCCAGUUCCUGCAGCUCAUUGUCUCAAUCACCGUGGCAGCAUACGCCUGUAAUGCAAUCUGCUGCUGCUGCACAGAGGAGCCGCAAGUUGUUCAAGCUGUAGGUCCUGUCACCAAUCAGGCUUCGCCCCAUUUCCAAGCAGCAUCUGUUGCCCCUGCUCAGCCAUACCCUCAGGUGGAGCCCAACUUUAAAAACCCAGGGUUUCUGGGUUCUGCUGAGCCUCCAGCUUAUCAACCUAACUAACCCACACACAUCAAAUCUGAUCAUUGCAACGCUGCUGCUCUUUCUUUUUCUGUAACCUUAAAAUAUGUCAAUGAGACAUGAGAGACUUUCGUAGAAUGUAUUUGAAGGAGCUUCAUGGUGGUAAAUGUGCAUUCUGCUUCUGACUUUUGUAAAGCAUGGACGUGAGAAGGGAGAGCGUAUGAGAACGUCAAUAUAUGAGUGCAAGCUGCAAAGUGAUAUAUCAUUGCUGAAAUAUGGAUCAGAUAAUACUUUGAAAAUCAAUGUGCAGACAUUGUGAAGACAUGUUGAAGUCUCACUCAACUGAUUAUACGAGGGGGGACCCAAAAGUUUCCGGACUGAUUCUAUUAAUAAAAAAAUACAAUGAAUUUCCGACUUUGGCCGCUAGAUGUCGCUACAGGAUAGCCUCAUGCAUAACUGUGCCAGGUUUGG